GAGUCUUCGAAAAUAGUUGUGGCAUCCUGACGAUGUUCGAGCAAGUGAAUAUGAGUGGAGACGUAGCGCUGAACUGGUCAGUACUGAACCAUGAGCUCGACAUUGGUGGUGGGUCCCCAAGAGACUCCUCCUCAGUUUGUCACUCAGUGGAUACCUCAACCGUCUCAGCAAUCGCUCAACUUCACUUACCCAGCCAGCCCACCGUCCGUCUACUAUCUCCCGGUUCAACCAAUUGUCUCACCAGUAGCCGCUACUGCCAUCCGUAGUUUCUACUUUCCAUCGUCUUCAAGGCCUGUUACACCUCUCUCUCCCUCGUCAACCAACAACGCACCUUACCAUCCCCUAAUGCUGGUAGCUCACCAAGGCACGAUGGCACAACAAGGUUGGAGACGUCAGAUCGUUAAAGGACCAGUGAGUGAAGCUGCAAGGCGAGGAUCUGGUUAUCGACCCGGGAGAGGAGCGUUUCGAUAUCCGUCUCAUUCAUAUAGAACCGGCAGAGAGAAAAGCUGGUGGGAUCGCGACUUCGACGACCUACAACCGAAGAACCCGUGGAAAACUGUGGAGUCGGUUGGUGGUCAUGUGACUGCUGGAAGCUCAGCUGAUUGGCCGGCAGUGGGAAGUGGAGAAGCAGCGAGAAGUGGAGAUGCUGUUGUGCAGACGGACAAUCAACGGUCGCCGACUGCGGUUGAGACGAAUGAGAGAAAGCCGGGUUUGUUGCAUCUGCCUCUUCACGUGUUGGAGACGGAAUCUGUUGGCGACGGGAAACCUCGUUUGUAUAGCCAAGUGUUGAGAACCGAGUCGACAACUGUUGCGGCAAAAGAUGCCGACGACGAAGCGGAAGAAGAACGAGACGGUUACGGUACGAUUGAAGCGAAGAAAAAGAAGAAGAAGAAGAGGGAAGGAGUCGACACCGUAGAGAAACCACAGACGGUGAAGAAGAGCAAGCAACGUAUGACGUUAGAUCUCAGCAGCAUGUUUGAAGAGUUGGAAAAAGUCGAUUCGCAAGGUUUCUCGUCCAGGAAGUUGGCCAUUGGUGGUGGCAUCACAGCUGCUGGUUUGUAUGGAGAGCAGAAGGUCGUUUCGUCUGCGAGUCACGUCGAUGCUGUUCCACGUAAUGUUCUUGACUCGACUGCUCCUGUUAAGCGUCGAGGCAAAGAGAGGGAGCAGCCGAAGCAGAGAAAGCCGAGCUCUUUGAAAAGAAUCAUACUGAAAGAGAGAGAAGAGAAGAGGAUCAACAGAGACAUGUCAACUGCUAGAAGCAUGGAAACAGAGGAAGUUCAAUCGACUAGAGUGAGACGUUUGCACAGUCGAAGGUUCAGAGAUUAUUGCGACCAAGUGUUGGACAAGCAGCUUGACGACAUCGUAAUGAAAUUUUUGCAGAAGCUUACAGAGUUUCAAGACAAACAGUUUCACAAAGACCCAAGCAAGGCCAAACAAAAGCGAAGGAUAGUGUUGGGAUUACGAGAAGUUCACAAACAUCUCAAACUACAGAAGUUGAAAUGUGUUAUUGUAUCACCUAAUGUGGAAAGCAUCACCUCACAAGGUGGAACGGAUGAUCUCCUGCAUCAGAUCAGAGCCAAGUGUGAGGAGCAGAAGGUUCCUAUUGUGUUUGCUCUCAGUCGUCGAGGUCUUGGGCGUGCGGUCUCGAAGAAAGUUCCCGUCAGUAUUGUAGGCGUCUUCAGCUACGAUGGGGCACAGGCACAUUUCAACGAGUUACUAACUACCGUCGAAGACGCACGGCACGCAUACACAAAACUCGUCGCAGAGUUCGAGAACGAGACCAAACGUCUGGAAGAGAUCGCCAGGAGCGGCCGCUCGAGUAGCGGCAGCGAAUCAUCCGGAUUGUCGAGUCGCAAAACAUCAAAGACCGACAGCGAAUCAGACGGAAUGAAAUCAGAGAGGAAAAUCAGUGGGACGAGUGACGACGGAGACUGGAUGUUUGGUGGCAACGCAUCGUCCCAACUGUCUGCAGAAGCUCCAGAGUUUCAUCCCUUACCCUAUCAGGCUAUGCCACCAUCGUGGACAUCGUAUUCGCCAUACGAGUAUCCGACCAUUCCGAAUCAGAUGAUGUCGAUUGCUCCUUUUCAGUACUACAUUCCACAUCACGGCUUUGUUGCUAGUCCGCCGCGUGUGCGUUACGAGCAGUUUCAAUCUCAUCAAGUGCAGGGAGCAUACGUUGCAUGGAGGGACACGAACAGAGACCAGAGACAAGGACGUGGACAGUCGACUCGGAAGCAAAAUGUGGGAGUUAUGAAUGAGAGGAGAUUAGAGCACGAGAAGGAGGCGAGUGUGAAGGACGACAAUUGCGAAGACGAGUCACAUGAUUUAGACAAGUCAGAUGUUAAUGAGACCAUUGAGGGUGAGUCACAUGAUGAAGAUGGAAGUGACAUUGAAGUGGGGACCGCGGAGGACGAGGCACGGGAAUCGGAGGCGGAUGAGGUGGAGCUCGAAGACAUUGAAGAGACCGAAGAGGUCGAGACGGUCAUCGGACCUGAAUGCAGCGCACACGAAGAUGAGGGACACGAGACGAUCGACGAAGAGCAGGCGGUUGAUACACAAGACACUGAAGUCACUGUUGAUGUUGAAAAUGUAAGGACAGUUGAUGAUGAUGAUGAUGAUGAUGAUGAACUUGGUGUGGACGAUGACAAGUGAUGCGACUGACUGUCAGUGUUUUUGUUUCAUACUUUUGUAUUCGACUAGCCGGAUCUAUUCAUCAUAAAUUGACUUAUUAAUUGCAUAGUGCUAUUGUA